CAAGCACUCCGGGUAAAAAGGCCAGUUUAAGAUGUUUUAUAUUCUCCUCUUACUGUAACCGUGUCGCGACAGCAUCCACGCAGAGGGAAGCGAAAACACAAGCGGCGCGCGCGCGCACACGCACACACACACACACACCCGCUGCAACGAGAAGGAAUAAAUCUCCUCUGCGUCUACGGAAGACUCCUAAAGGGACUGCGUUUUAUAUGAAUUCGCUUGAAUGUAUCCGAGGAAUCUUUGGACGAGGAUUACAAAAUGAUAUGUAAUUUAAAGCGCCUAUAACGGAUCCUUUCUUCAUCUCCUCUCCUUUAUGUCGGGUUUUGCCUCCUGUAUUCAUUGUGCCCAAUGAGAAGAAUUAAGCUAUCCGUCCAUUCAGUUCCACUCAAAAGGAGGGAGGAAAAAAAACAGAGGGAGAUGAGAGCUGCAAAUCCCUUUUUUAUUCAUCUUGUAGCGUUCAAUAAGUGAACAAUGUGUCGCCUAUCAGUCACCGAGGGGAUCAGGUCUACGGGACUGUCCCACGCGCUCAGUGCUGUGAGCAGAGCAUCACUAACACACAGACUGUAAGAGCAGAAGCAGCAGCAGCAGCAGCAGCGGCGGCGGCGGAGGAGGCACUGGCACUGGCAUCCCAUCCAGGACCCUUUCUGUGACUUCUACGCUUAUUUUAUGAAUAAACUUUGACCCACGCUGUCAGUCGCACUGGAAUGUGGAGUGGGAUCUGAUUUGAGUUUAAGUGGUAAACUUUGCCCUUCCAGAUAUCAUGCGGGUACUCGCGUUGCUUCUCGCAGUCAAAGCGGCAUGUGUCCUCUUGGUCUCCUCUCUCACUGGCACAGGGGCGGUGAACAACAGCGGCCGGUGGUGGGGUAUUGUGAAUGUGGCAUCCUCGGGCAAUCUCCUCACCAACUCCAAGAAUGUGCAGUUGGUGUUGGACCCCAGCCUGGCGUUGCUAAGUCGUCGUCAGAGAAAACUGAUCCGUCAAAACCCGGGCAUCUUGCACGCCAUUGCAGCAGGCCUGCAUACGGCCAUCAAGGAAUGCAAAUGGCAGUUUCGUAACCGCCGCUGGAACUGUCCGACCACCCACAGCCCCAACGUCUUUGGCAAAAUUGUCAACCGAGGUUGCCGUGAGACUGCAUUUGUGUUUGCCAUCACAAGCGCUGGUGUUACUCACGCCGUGGCUCGGUCCUGCUCUGAGGGAGCCAUUGAGUCCUGCACCUGCGACUACCGGCGCCGGGGUCCUGGAGGGCCAGACUGGCACUGGGGAGGCUGCAGCGACAAUGUGGAAUUUGGCAGGAUGUUCGGGCGAGAGUUUGUAGAUUCCAGCGAGAGGGGCAGAGACCUGCGGUAUCUGACCAACCUGCACAACAAUGAGGCGGGAAGAAUGACAGUCGCAUCAGAGAUGCAACAAGAGUGCAAGUGCCAUGGGAUGUCUGGGUCCUGCACUGUGCGAACAUGCUGGAUGAGACUGCCCAGCUUCCGUGUAGUGGGAGACUUCUUGAAGGACCGUUUCGACGGGGCGUCCCGAGUCGUGUACGCCAACAAAGGCAGCAACCGCGCGUCCCAUCGAGCUGACCCCCGCCACCUGGAACCAGAGAACCCAGCACAUAAGCUCCCUUCUGCCAGGGACCUCGUGUAUUUUGAAAAGUCCCCCAACUUCUGUUCCUACAACGGCAAAACGGGCACACACGGCACUUCGGGACGUGCCUGCAACAGUUCGUCGCCAGCGCUGGACGGUUGCGAGCUGCUGUGCUGCGGACGGGGAUACAAGACUCGAAUGGAGCAGGUCACAGAGAGAUGCCACUGUACUUUCCACUGGUGCUGUCAUGUGAGCUGCCUCAAUUGCACCAGUACACAGACCGUCCAUCAGUGUCUAUGAUCACCAAACAGAACGAAUUGACAAACUGGAGGCUCCAAAACUGGGUAUUGAAAGGGGCCGCUGGGGUAUCUGGAGGUUAUAUAGGAAUAAAUAAGCGUGAAACUGAAAAAAAAAAACAUAAGAAAGGGACUAAAUAAUCUGUCGGUUGAAUACGCAAGUACACUCAAUGUAUUAACUACUGAGAAAAGUUCAAAAGUACAUGUGCAAAACUCUUAGCUGAUGGUAGUCCUUGAAAAACACAAUAUUUUGUUCAUGUUACUGCAGCAUAGGGAUUCAAAAGUGGGUCGAGAACUACUAUGCACUACGCACAUGUGGACAGAUUUUAAAAUUCAGCAUGCUUGAAGCACUAGUCCUGAGGUUCUAGUUUGUCUUCUCUUCUCCCGAUCUCCGUCUCUGGUGCUCUAGGGAACAUGGAAGCUAGAAAGUAGUAACUGGACACAGUUUGACAGAUGUUCCUGUGGUUAGCGAACCACAAGCAUGCUCUCUCAUAAACCAGUGCAAAACUCUAACAAGAGGGCGGUUCUUUAAAAUAUUUUAGCGUUUUGUUUUCUUUAGCUGCAGUCCUACUCGUCUCACAUAAAACUGUGUGAAGUGCUUCUCAAGGGAUGGGGCUUCCUUUUCCGAUUACUAUGUAGCGGAAUCCCGAACUCAGCCCAACCUCUUGUGAUUUCCCAUUCGGACCUGCCACACUUCCCGUCAUUGCUUUGAGUCUCCUGCCAUUUUUUAAUACCAUUUAUUAUUAUGUGGUAUACCAUGUUAUUGUACUGAUGGAAAAGAAUUGGGAAGAGAAAAUUAAGAUUGACCCGAGAUUGACUCGAUUCGGCUCUGACAGAAGCACGUUUACUAUCACAGAAACUCUUUUGGGAGAGAAGAAGGCUUCUGUCGGAAGUUGCCUGCAUCGAUUACGCACAAGUAGAUACUAGUUUUGAAAAAAAAAGUGUGUAAAGAUAAUCCUGUAAAUGCCCUGCUACCUAGUUUACAGUGGACAAACAGUUCACGUUUAUGUUUUUGAAAGAGCCACAAUUAUGGAAACUGUAUUUUGUAUAUCAGCUAACAUAACCAAAAUGUUGUAAAUAUUCUAAAUAGAUAUGAUCUAUAUAUUUAUACUGCAACUUGCAAUGUGAGAAAAUGAUUUAAUCUGAAAGUGAUGGUUAAUACGCUAUCAUUAUUUACGGAAUAAUUCCAGCCAGUUGUGCGCUAACUUAUACAAUGAUAGGCCACAUACAUCUCAGAGACAUGAUUACUUUGUCAAAUGCCUGAUUUGCUUGUCUCUGGACACUUGUGUUUUACAUGCACUGAACACCAUCUUUUAAUAUUGUGAAUGAAAAGUAUUUAUUAUUGUAUGAUGGCUUUUUUUUUUAGAGAAGAAAUGCUGAUAAAAGGAAAUAUUUUAGCUCAGUCUAGAAGAGUUGUUUUCAUAUAGAGCAAUAGCACAAUAA